UCGAGCGGCGGCGACGUAGCAACCGUCAGCUUAACAACGCUUCGAUUUGGCCGGCUUUCUAGUUACGAGCGGCUUCCAAUGCCGUAAAGUCGAAUAUGUAGUCGUAGAAACAUAUUUCUGUAGAGUAUGUCUAUAAUUUGAUUUAUGUAACAGCGAGCAGAUUUUUAUAAUGGAUGUAGAAGAACAGUUGAUAGAUUGCGUGAGGGAGGAGAGGAUUUUGUACGAUCGUAGCCAUAGGAAAUACAUGGACACAAAUUUGAAGAUGCGAAUCUGGAGAAGCAUAGCAACUAAGUGUGGAAUAAAUUCGGGAGAUGCAGCCAAGGUCCUAUGGAAGAAACUCAGAGAUUCUUACCGUGCUAGCAGAAAGCGAAAACCAAGUGGUUCUGCUGCUCCAUUCGCUAAUCGGUGGAAGUAUGACAUGCAAAUGUCAUUUCUUCAACCUUUCAUGAGAGAUAGGUCCCGAAAAAUUGAUUGGGCGAUGCAAGAAGAUAUUGCGGAAACACAAGAAACGGCGAACUCCGUUCCUCUACAAAAAUCCGUUGCAGAGGAAUCUCAGGAACAUCUUCCGUCUGAGGAAGAAAUCCUCACAGCAACACAUUGCAGCCCAGAAACGAAAUGUGCAAUAACAUCUUCAUCCAAAGCGCAGGAAAAAGGUGAAACAAAUGAUCGUAGAGAAGAAAUUAGGAGUACGCUUCACGAGAAAGAUGACCCCCUAAAAUCAUUUUUUGAUUCAAUGUACGGUACAACCAAAACUUUUCCUGCGCACCUUCAAAGGAAAAUAAAAAAAGGUCUAUUUUUGAUGGUUACAGAGGCUGAAGAACAGGCAGAAGAAUUUGUAAACUGCUCGUCAAAUUCUUCUCGUAUGAUAUCCCGCUUGUCGGUAGCAUCAAAUUCCGGAACACUGCGUACCGAUACCAAUGAUCCAUCAGCAACUAAGUAUUCCGACUCCAACUAAUAAUUUCCUGAGGUUUCUUGUUAUAACGCCCACAAUAUCUGGGAGAAAAAUUAUCUUGAGCAUGAUAGACCUAAGUUUUCAAUGAUUUUCAUUCCUUUAAUGUUUUUUUUUAUAUAAUACAAUAAAUAAGUACUGUGA